AUGCGCCGCUACCAAUGUCUCAAGCCAUCCCCGAGCUCAACCGCGAGCUUAACUCCGGUGACAUUGGCAGCGGCGCUGGUGGUGUGCUUACUGGUCUCGGUGGCCGACGCCGCCGAGGCGGCGGCGGCACCGAUUGGGCUUCCCACCAACUGCCCGACUAGCUGUGGGAACGUGAGCGUGCCGUACCCGUUCGGCAUGGCGCCCCGGUGCCACCUGCCCCAGCCGUGGUUCAGCCUCGCCUGCAACACGAGCUCCGAGCCGCCGCUGCUGCUCCUCACAGACUCGCGAGGCGUGACCGGACAGGUCGUGGACAUCUCGCUGGUCGAGUCCACCGUGUGCUUCGGUGGGUUUAGGACGGCGAACGAGACGCGCGCUGGGGACGCCACGUGCCCACAGGAUCUGGGCAGCACCUCGUGCCACAGCAAGCAAAGCACCUGCCGAGCCACCACCCGCCGCAACAUCACCGGGUACGUGUGCAGAUGUGAUGAUGGUUACCAAGGCAAUGCUUACCUUACCGACGGAUGCCAAGAUGUCGAUGAAUGCGAGCUUCCAAAUAAAUGCUUCGGACUAAUCAUUGGUCUUGGAGUUGGAAGUGGAGUGAUGCUUCUCUUUCUAGUCUUAGGCACCACAUUUCUGAUUCAUAGAAUUAUGACACGAAAGAAAAGGAUGAGACAAAGAUUCUUCAUGCAAAAUCAUGGUCAAUUGCUACUGAAGUUGGUAUCCCAAAUGGCAGAUAUAAGUGAGAGAAUGAUCCUUACAUUGGAAGAGUUGGAGAAAGCCACCAACAACUUUGAUAAAACUCGUGAGCUAGGUGGAGGAGGGCAUGGUACAGUCUACAAGGGAAUGUUAUCAAGUCUUCAUGUCGUGGCAAUUAAGAAGGCAAAGAUAGUGAUACAAAGAGAAAUUGAUGAGUUCAUAAACGAGGUUGUUAUACUUUCUCAGAUAAACCAUAGAAACAUUGUCAAACUUCACGGGUGUUGCCUUGAAACAGAAGUUCCUCUUCUUGUUUGUCAGUUCAUUUCUAAUGGCACCCUUUACAACCAUCUUCAUGAUGAAGCUUUAGUGUCACUAUCAUGGAAAGAUAGACUGAGGAUUGCUGUUGAAACUGCUAGGGCUCUCGCAUAUCUGCAUUCACUCGUUUCAGUGCCGAUAAUCCACAGGGAUGUCAAGUCUCCUAAUAUACUUCUUGAUGAUAACUUUACAGUCAAAUUGUCGGACUUUGGAGCUUCAAGAUAUGUUCCGACUGAUGUAACUGGGUUGGAUACAAGUGUGCAAGGAACAUUUGGGUACCUAGACCCUAUGUACCAUAGUACGGGACAUCUUACUGAUAAGAGUGAUGUCUACAGUUUUGGUGUGGUUCUUAUUGAGUUGCUUACCAGAAAGAAGCCGGUUUCUUAUAGAUCAUGUCAAGGUUAUGGUCUUGUAAACCAUUUUUCCACUGUACUGUCAGAAGGUAACUUGUUUCACAUAUUGGAUCCACAAGUUCUGCGGGAGGGAGGUGGGGAAGUAGUCGAUAUCUCCUUGUUAGCUGCUAUAUGUGUGAAGUUUGAAAGCAAUGACCGGCCGACAAUGAGAGUGGUGGAAAUGACGCUUGAAAGCAUUCAUGCAGCAAUAGAGUAUGCUUCAAGUGAUGACAUGACAGACGAAUCCAUGGACAAUUACAUUAGAGGUGAAAUGAUGAAUGACAUGAGUGCUUGA